UUUUAUAUCGAAAGUAGAAUGCCAUGUUCCUGUCCGAUUGACUAUUUUGUUGUUGUCCAUGUUGUUUAGAUCUCUAAAAUGCCCACUAACGCACAAAAGAGAUUGUUCAUUCAAAAUCCAGAGCCUAUUACAGAGCCAGUCCAGACUUCAACCAUAGUCAUCAUACACCCUGGGUCUCUAAAUCUCCGGGUUGGCAGAGCAUCAGACCCUCUCCCAGUAACGAUACCUCAAUGCGUGGCUAGGAAGCGGAUCUCACGAACAAAGAACUCAACCUCACUCAUUCUCAGACCAGAGUGUGUUCAUUCAGAAGCCAAGCAGCAGUUUAAGGCUGGACUCAAACAGGCCGAGGAUACUGUAUCUACCAGGCCAACCUCCACCGGAGAAUACAGGCAGACCUCAUCCUAUAAACAGUUGUACAAUUUUAAUCAUGGGGUGAAAGGUCAGAGAACAGAGGUCAUUUGUCAACAGACCUGGACAAAGACAGAGAACCAGCCAGCCAUUAUUGUGGGUCAAGAGGCUUUGUAUGUAAAGCCCACAGACAAUUACGACCUCCACUGGCCAAUGAGGCGGGGCAGGCUUAACAUCCACCCUGGGCCUGGGGGGACAGUGACAGCCGUGUUAGCCGAUAUAGAAACCAUCUGGGCCACCGCCAUACAGAAACACCUGGACAUACCACUCAAAGAUCUCAAGAUGUAUAAGGCCAUUCUGUUGAUUCCUGAUGUCUUUAACCACAAACACACAAAGCUGCUGGCCAACCUGUUACUGGAGAGACUGGGCUUUGGCAGUGCAAUCCUACAUCAGGAGUCUGUCUGUGCGUCCUUUGGGUCAGGGGUAAGCAGUGCCUGUGUUGUAGAUAUUGGGGACCAGAAAACCAGUGUCUGUUGUGUAGAGGAUGGAAUAUCUCACAGGAACACAAGGGUGACGAUGGACUAUGGAGGCAGUGACAUCACCAGGUGUUUCCACAAUGUGAUCCAGCGGUCAGGGAUAAAUCUACGAGAGCUGGAUCUCCAGAACACUGUGGAUUGUCUGUUACUGCAGGAGAUGAAGGAGAACCACUGUAGUCUCGAUCAGGAUGACUGGGGAGUAAAAGAGCACUCCAUUUUGAUAAAGAAGCCGGAGCAGCACAUAGUGAAGUAUCCCAUCAAGCUUGGCGACGAGGGCAUCAUCACCUCCAUGAGCUUCUUCAUCCCUGACCUUUUGACCCUACAUGGAGACUUGGCACAUGUUCAAAAGAGAAGUGAGGGAGAUCCAGAGGACCCUCAUGAUGAGUUCUAUCUCAAGAUGACCACAAGGGAGACCAAGUUAGCAAAAAAGAAAGACAACUCAGAUAACAAAGAUGCCAACGAGAGCAACAUAGGACAAUUUGAUGACUCGACCUUUCAACCCCAAAUGGACGAUGACUCAAACGACAACACAGAGUCCCUACAGGUGACGGACAAUCAGAAAGGUGGGCGGGGCAUGGAGAUGGAGGAGGAGCCAGAGGCGGAGUCUGCAGACUCUGAGGUCCAGCUGAUGGGGAUAGACCAGGCCAUCCUACACAGCAUUGAUAAAUGUGACAAUGAUGAGACAAAGAAGAAGAUGUACAGCUGUAUUGUGGUGGUGGGGGGUGGGAUGAUGAUGGAGGGGGCCCAGCAGUGGCUCCAGUACCGAGUGUGGGUGGGGAUGCCUCCUCAGUACCGCCUCAUGCUGGAAACCAUGGACGUCCUCACCAGACCAAAGGAUCUGGAUCCGCGCAUGGUUUGCUGGAAAGGAGCAGCCAUAUUGGCUUGCUUGGACACCACCCAGGAGAUGUGGAUUACACAGAGAGAGUGGAAGCAAUUCAGUGUCCGCAUGCUGAGGGAGAGGGCACCGUUCAUGUGGUGAAAGAGAAGGGCAGCAACCUUUCUAAAACAGUGUCACAAAUCAAGAGAUGUAGCUUUCUUUCUGCUUCCUAUACGCCUCGAAGGAGAAUAUUGCAUUGAGUGAUUGACAAUGAAAAAUGGUGAAUGUUCAGGGAAGGAAGACUUUGUAAUGUGUUCAUUAGUGAAAUGUAUAUCACACCAUGUGGUAAAAACCUAUUGGAGCUGACUGGUGGUAUACUAAAUAGUUCUC